AUGCGGGACAGUCUUCCCAUCCCCAAGGAAGCAGUUGGGUUAUCCUGCAGAACCACGCUGUGGAUUGUGGAGGCGGCGAGUCAGCACCGGUUCGCUGGACCGUUUCGUGCAACGCAAACCGACCGUACACACAGACACUCUCGCACUGCAGAGCAGAAAGCGAAGCCACGCUCAGCGGAUCCCAGUCGUUCUCCGGUUUUUCUCGACCGGGAAAGCGUGGCGGAUUAUUUGGUCAGCGGCGGGACAGGAUAUGUCCCGGAGGACGGGCUUGCGGCCCGGCAGCUUUUCAACUGCGGAGACGGGCUGACAUACAAUGCUCUGGACCUGACCUCUGCCCUGACGAAGUGCAUCACACUGAAGACCCCCCUGGUCUCCUCUCCCAUGGACACAGUGACUGAGUCCAGCAUGGCCAUCGCCAUGAGUAUGAGGGGACGGAUCGGAUUUCUGCAUCACAACUGCACCCCGGAGUUCCAGGCCAACGAAGUGCGCAAAGUCAAGAAGUACGAGCAGGGUUUCAUCACAGACCCCGUGGUGAUGAGUCCUCAGAAGCGUGUGCAGGACGUGUUCGAGGCGAAGGCACGGCACGGGUUCUGUGGUAUUCCGAUCACAGAGAGCGGGAAGAUGGGUGGGAAGCUGGUGGGAAUCAUAUCCUCCCGAGACAUCGACUUCCUGAAGGAGGAGGAGCACAGCCUGCCACUCGGUGAGGUGAUGACGAAGUGUGAGGACCUGGUUGUGGCCCCAGCGGGAGUCACUCUGAAAGAGGCCAACGAGAUCCUGCAGCGCAGCAAGAAGGGGAAGCUGCCCAUCGUGAACGAGCAGGGGGAGCUGGUCGCCAUCAUCGCGCGCACCGACCUCAAGAAGAACCGCGAUUUCCCGCUUGCCUCGAAGGACGCCAAGAAGCAGCUGCUGUGCGGAGCCACCAUCGGCACUCACGAGGACGACAAGUACCGGCUGGAGCUGCUGGCAAAGGCCGGCGUGGACGCGGUGGUGCUGGACUCCUCUCAAGGGAACUCAAUCUACCAGAUCAACAUGAUCCGAUACAUCAAGGAGGGGGGGGGGGGGGGGGUGGUGACGGCGGCCCAGGCGAAGAACUUGAUUGAUGCCGGAGUCGACGCUGUCAGAGUGGGUAUGGGCAGCGGUUCCAUCUGCAUCACGCAGGAGGUGAUGAUGGGCUCCCUGCUGGCUGCCACCUCCGAGGCUCCCGGAGAGUAUUUCUUCUCCGAUGGGAUUCGGCUCAAGAAGUACCGUGGCAUGGGCUCUCUCGACGCCAUGGACAAGAACCUGGGCUCCCAGAACCGAUGCUUCAGCGAGUCUGACAAGAUCAAGGUGGCUCAGGGGGUGUCGGGGGCGAUGCAGGAUAAGGGCUCCAUCCAUAAGUUUGUCCCGUACCUGAUCGCAGGGAUCCAGCACUCCUGCCAGGACAUCGGGGCAAAGAGCCUCACGCAACUCAGGUCUGCGAUGUACUCAGGGGAUCUGAAGUUUGAGAAGCGCACCACGUUGGCGCAGGUGGAGGGCGGGGUGCACAGCCUGCACACGUAUGAGAAGAGGUUAUUCUGAGACGCUGUGAGGAUCUGACCAGCUCCUCUGAGUCCUUCCAGCACUCCUCCACACGCCGGACAGCCAACACCAUCUGGGG